AGUCGCCGCGCCGGGCGCUGCCCCGCCGAGAUUCCCCGGCCGCGUCGGUGCCGCGCGCGCUCCCGGGCCAGUGCUCGGGCCCCCCGGGCGUGCAUGGAGGCGGCGCCAGGGCCCGCGACGGCGGGCAGGUUCGUGGUGGUGGGCGGCGGCAUCGCGGGCGUCACCUGUGCGGAGCAGCUGGCCCUUCAGUUUCCGUCGGAAGACAUCGUCCUGGUCACAGCCUCUCCUCUCAUUAAAGCCGUCACGAACUUCAAGCAGGUGUCCAAAGUAUUAGAAGAAUUCGAUGUUGAGGAACAGCCGAGUACCAUGUUAGAAAACCGCUUUCCCAACAUUAAGGUGGUAGAAUCCGGUGUCAAGCAGCUGAAGAGUGAAGACCACUGGCUUCUCACGGAAGACGGCGGCCAGCACGCCUACAAGAAACUCUGCCUGUGUGCCGGGGCUAAGCCCAAGCUGAUCUGCAAAGGAAAUCCUUACGUGCUGGGGAUCCGGGACACGGACAGUGCCCAGGAGUUCCAGAAGCAGCUGGCGCACGCGAAGAGGAUCCUGAUUGUGGGCAACGGCGGCAUCGCGCUGGAGCUGGCGUACGAAGUGGAGGGCUGCGAGGUGGUCUGGGCCAUCAAGGACAAAGCCAUUGGAAACACCUUCUUCGACGCCGGGGCAGCGGAGUUCUUGACUUGCAAGCUCCGAGCCGAGAAGCCGGGGGCCGCGGCCACACACAAAAGGACCAGGUACACGAUGGAAGGAAGCAAAAAGAAAUCGCAAGGUGGAGCCGGUGGCGCCCGUGCGGGUCACACGGGGAGCGCCUUGGGGCCCGACUGGCACGAAGGCUUGAACCUCAAGGGAACGAGAGAGUUCUCCCAUAAGAUCCACAUUGAAACUUUAUGUGAAGUCAAAAAAAUCUACCUUCAGGAAGAAUUUAGAACUGCCGGGAAAACGUCCUUGGCUUUUCCAAGGGGCUGCCUGAAUGAAUCAGUCACAGCUGACACAGAGCGAUGGCCUGUGUACGUGGAGCUGACCAAUGGGAAGGUCUACGGCUGUGAUUUCAUUGUCAGUGCUACCGGCGUCACGCCAAACGUCGACCCGUUUCUCUCUGGCAACAGCUUUGAUCUAGGGGAGGACGGCGGCCUGAAGGUGGACGGGCACAUGCGCACCUCGGUGGCCGACAUCUACGCGGCGGGGGACAUCUGUACCGCCGCCUGGCAGCCCAGCACCCACUGGCAGCAGAUGAGGCUGUGGACCCAGGCCCGCCAGAUGGGCUGGUACGCCGCCAAGUGCCUCGCCGCCGAUGCUCUGGGACAUGCCAUUGACAUGGAUUUCAGCUUUGAACUCUUUGCUCACGUAACAAAAUUUUUUAACUACAAGGUUGUACUACUGGGAAAAUACAACGCGCAGGGCCUGGGCUCCGACCACGAGUUGAUGCUGCGGUGCACCAAAGGGCAGGAGUACGUCAAGGUGGUCAUGCAGAACGGACGCAUGAUGGGCGCUGUCCUGAUCGGCGAAACGGACUUAGAAGAAACGUUUGAAAACUUAAUUUUGAACCAAAUGAAUCUUUCAUCAUACGGAGAAGAUCUACUAGAUCCAAAUAUUGAUAUCGAAGAUUAUUUUGAUUAAAAUAGACAUUUCCAGAAAUAACACGUUCCAGAUAACAUACCAAGUAACUGAUUUAAUGAUGAGGACAUUGAAGCUAGAUAUAGACAGAACGAUAAUUUAAUGGGAAAGGAUUAAAAUUCCAAUUACAG